GCUGCUCUUUAUGUCGAACAGCAUUGUGGGACGGAACGCCGGUGGAAAGCUUCUCGAAGGAACUGCAAAGAUGAUGCCCACACCAGUUAUCCUGUUGAAGGAGGGGACAGACUCGUCUCAGGGCGUUCCCCAGCUCAUCAGUAACAUCAAUGCUUGCCAGGUGAUUGCUGAGGCUGUCAGGACAACCCUGGGGCCCAGGGGGAUGGACAAACUGAUGGUGGAUGGCAGAGGUAAGGCCACAAUCUCCAAUGAUGGAGCCACCAUCCUGAAACUGCUGGAUGUGGUUCACCCUGCAGCCAAGACCCUGGUGGACAUCGCUCGCUCCCAGGAUGCUGAGGUCGGGGACGGCACCACCUCCGUCACUCUCCUGGCUGCUGAGUUCCUGAAGCAGCUCAAGUCAUACGUGGAGGAGGGUCUCCACCCUCAGACCAUCAUCAGAGCCUUCCGCACCGCCACCAACCUCGCUGUCAGCAAGAUCAAGGAGAUCGCCGUACCUGUGAAGAAAGGCGACAAGCAAGAUCAGAGGCAGCUGCUGGAGAAGUGUGCAGCCACAGCUCUGAACUCCAAGCUCAUUGCCGGUCAGAAGGACUUCUUCUCCAAAAUGGUGGUGGACGCCGUCCUGUCUCUGGACGAGCUGCUGUCUCUGAAGAUGAUUGGCAUCAAGAAAGUCAAUGGAGGAGCCCUUGAGGAUUCCCAUUUGGUCUCUGGGGUUGCGUUCAAGAAGACCUUCUCUUACGCCGGGUUUGAGAUGCAGCCCAAACGCUAUAACAAUCUGAAGAUUGCUAUGCUCAAUGUGGAGCUGGAGCUCAAGGCUGAGAAGGACAACGCUGAGGUCCGCGUGAAAUCUGUGGAGGAAUACCAGGCCAUUGUGGAUGCAGAGUGGACCAUCCUGUACGACAAACUGGAGAAGAUCUGUCAGUCAGGAGUCAAGGUGGUUUUGUCCAAGUUGCCCAUCGGUGAUGUGGCCACCCAGUACUUCGCUGACAGAGACCUGUUCUGUGCCGGAAGGGUGCAGGAGGAGGAUCUGAAGAGGACCAUGAUGGCCUGCGGAGGCUCCAUCCAGACGUCAGUGACUGGCCUGACAGACAACGUCCUGGGACGGUGUGAACUCUUUGAGGAGGUCCAGGUUGGAGGAGAGAGAUUUAACUUCUUUAAGGGCUGUCCCAAGGCCAGGACGUGCACCAUCAUCUUGAGGGGCGGAGCAGAGCAGUUCACAGAGGAGACGGAGAGAUCACUGCAUGAUGCCAUCAUGAUCGUACGCAGAGCCAUCAAGAAUGACUCCGUUGUAGCGGGUGGAGGAGCCAUAGAGAUGGAGCUGUCCAAGUACCUGCGGGAUUAUUCCAGGACCAUCCCUGGAAAACAGCAGCUGCUGAUUGGAGCGUACGCCAAGGCCCUGGAGAUCAUCCCCAGACAGCUGUGUGACAACGCCGGCUUCGACGCCACCAACAUCCUGAACAAACUGCGUGCCAAACACGCACAGGGCGGUAUGUGGUACGGCGUAGAUAUCAACAACGAGGACAUUGCAGACAACUUGGCUGCCUGCGUCUGGGAGCCUUCCAUCGUGAAGAUAAAUGCUCUGACGUCGGCGUCGGAGGCAGCCUGCCUCAUCCUGUCCGUGGAUGAGACAAUCAAGAACCCACGCAGCAGUAUGGAUGGACCACCUGGCGGGGGCAGGGGCAGAGGCCGCGGGAGACCCCACGCUCACUAAGAACAAAACCCCAUUUUAAACUGCCAUUAAAAUCCAAAUGCAGAUAGAGGAUUGUGUCCAUGUUUGUCCUGCAUUUGGAUUUGAAUUCUAGUUAAAAAUGUGGCGUUUAAACAGUCGUGAACACAUUGCAAAUGGCAGGUGUAGUGAAACAAAAAAGGGGGAAAAUGUGAAAUUAAACUCGCAAUUUCAAGAUGGAUUCUUCAGUCUUCUGUCAAAGAUGGCUGACAUUUCUUUGUGUUUUCUUUGUCACUUGUAGUUUUUUCUUACUGAAGCUUUCACUUGUAAAAUGUCUGUUUAACAUUUCAGCACUGCAGAUUUCCAUGUGUAGCCAUUUUACUGAGAAAUGCGAUUGAAAUACAAGAAUGAAACUAGUUCCCCCCCCCUUAGUUUUGAAUUAAUCACUCCUGUCCCCUCAAAGUUAGCGCUUCCUCUCUGACCUGAAGCAGCUGUUCCACCGUUUUGUGUUCUGACAGACUGAAGUGUAACAUGGAAAGUAAAGCACUGAUGUUGAGCAGUUCUGAACCAUUCAUUGACUAGACUGUGUAAAACUAUUUAUUGGACCAUUAUCAAUAAAUGCACAGCUGAAAUCGUA